CCGUAGCUACCAUAAUUAUUUCAAUACACGGUUGUGGAUAGUGCGCGGUUUGUCACAACAAAAGCUCUUUUGGCACAGCGCCACAUCACACCUCGCGUCACAAUAGUACAGCUCUGAACGCUCUCACUAUAUAAUAUAUAAGUGGCAGCGGCAUAUUGUGCCUCAGAGGAAGUGAUAAUACUCCGCAAGUGCAGUCAUGCCUUUGCGUAAUUUUCCCACUUUCUUGGCUAUCGUAGCUGGCGUCGCUGGGUUUUUGUCUGCCGAAGGUCGUUCAGAUGCUGUAUACGACCUGAAAAAGAACCCCGAACAAUUGGAGGCACUUGGUGGGACGUACGAGAGUUCAGUGAUAUCCGAAGCAUUGAAAUGCCUCGUCGUCAACAGCGUCUGCAAUUCGGACACGGGUAAACUUGCGGAUAUCUUCUCUCAGGCCGCUAGAGGUGCCGCGACCUCAGAAGCCGACGUCUGUCAAGAGGAGUUGGAGGAUGUUGAGGACAUGAUCAAGAGGAUUGUGGCUGUUUCCUCUUUAACCUCAUUGGAGAAGAGAGAAAUAAGGGAGCGCCGCAGAGGAAGGCAUAGGCGCCCAGGGAGAAGGCGACGGCCAGGGAGGCCUCAUAGUCACGGCUCACGAUAUUCGGACUCAACCUCACGAGAAGAAGAACGUCAGAUUACUGAAGCUGUGGUCGUGUUGGAGGGCUCUGACACUGUGGAGGGGACCAUUACAUUCACAGCACAAGAGAAUGGUAAGACGAGGGUUAGAGGUACCGUGAGUGGUCUGGCACAGGGCAACCACGGAUUUCACGUACACCAGUUUGGAGACUAUUCUCCGAGCGAAGGCUGUGCAAAUGCCGGAGGUCACUUUAACCCUGCCGGGAGGCAGCACGGGGGGCCAAACGACGAUGAGCGUCAUGCCGGUGAUCUCGGAAACAUCGUCGCAGAUGCGUCUGGAGUGGCCGUCAUCGAUGUUGAGGACUGUCAGAUUCCGCUGAGUGGAGAAAACAGUAUCAUUGGACGCAGCGUCGUGGUAGGUGCCUGUCAAAGAAGUGUCAAACAUUUUGUUCAUGCUGAUGAGGAUGAUCUGGGACGAGGGGGUUUUCCGGACAGUUUGACCACGGGUCACGCGGGGGCCCGCCUGGCUUGUGGAGUGAUUGGCAUUGCCAAUACUUCCUAGUAGGAGUGCCCAGACCAGUUUUGCCGGUUGAGGAAACCCGUUUAACUUUAUUACGUCGUAGGACUGACUGUCAUUAUCAAGUUGAAUAAACUGUACUCUUCUGUAUGAUUGUUAACUCUUCAUGCUAUAUAUAAUGUAUGAUAUAAGCUAGACUUUUGCAGUAGUAUAUAAGAUGGUAUACCAAUGCACUACGUUUGUAGUGCAUAGUUAAUGAUCAAACAACCAGUAUAAUAGUAUAAUAUACUG